AUGAACCGCGCCAAAGCCGGUCGCAAAAAGGCCGAAGGGGGUGCCAGAUCGUUGAUCCCCUGUAUAGUCUUCCUCAUUUCCGCUGCGUGCGUCAUUUUGGUCAUUUCGUACACCGGCGCAAACAUCGCCACUAAAACAUCCGCGCAGCCCGGCGCAAAGAACCCGCGCGGAGGCGGGGAAAGCGCGGACGUCAUGGAGGAAGGCGGGGGGGAGGGUGAUGACGCGGGGGAAAUUUCGUUCGUAAAGGGUGGCGUAGGCGCGGCGCCAUUCCUGCCGGAUUUCGAUCUGAGCCGUCCAGUGGAGCACGGGCCGAAGGGGAAGCGGUUGAGUAAAGAGGAGCAGGAGUACGUGAGCGCGGAGGCGGAAUACCAGAUGCGUCUGGCGCGGCGGAACGAGCUGACAGGGGGCAAGCGCCCCGAGCCGCCGUUCCCGCGGUGGAAGCCGGGCAAGAUCAAGGAGGUGUUCCUCACGCCCACCUACCCCUGCAAGCGCGCCGAGCGCCUGGGGGGCACGGGGGCGGACGGAGAAGGCGGAAAGUGGGUGUGCAACAUCCGGAAACUGAGAGGAGGGGGCAGGAGGCCUAUCGUGUACAGUGUGGGCAGUGCAGGGGAAACCUCCUUCGAGCAGGCUGUGAGGGAGCGGCUGCGCACCAAGGCGUUCACCUUCGACCCGUUUCUGGACGACCAGCAGGCAGCAGCGCUGCGAGCCAAGCACCUGCUGCGGUACAUCCCCAUCGGCCUUGGUGCGGGCAAGCAGCUCUCUGCUUUACGGCGGGGGGCGCCGGGGAAGCGGUUUGCCACGCUGGCCCAGCUGAUGGGGAAGCUCAACCACUCGCAUAUUGACGUUCUCAAGAUUGACUGUGAGCGCUGUGAGGAGCGGCUCAUGGAGGAUCUGCUCAACACGUUUGGCAAGGAGAAUCCACCAGCAGAGCAAAUCCUAGUGGAGAUUCACCAGAUUCGCCACGUGGCCAGGACCACGCAAGUCCUCUUCCCAUUGGAGGACAUGGGUUACCGCCUCUUCAAUGCAGAGGCCAACCCACGCUUCUCUUCGUCGGGUCGACCUCCAUCAUCCGACGGACGAGAUCUUUCAAGCCGCUCGACACGGACGGCCAAGGACUGA